AUGCCCGAUUAUAAUAUUCAAACUUUUCAUCUUACCUCUUUCACUGAAAUAUUAACACGAUCCGAUGAUGAUCCUACUAUUUCUCUUACUGAUAACAUUUUUAGAUUAUAUACUCUCAGAAAUGAAAUAAAUCAAAAUUUAUCGAAUGCAUUUACUAAUUUUAAUUUCCUCGAAUUAUCACUUCCUUCAUAUGAGAUUAGCAAUUUUUCAUAUCAACACUUAACCCUAGCUCUUUGCCGUCUCAUACAUCAAUUUCAAACAAAAAUCUUAUCAGAUUAUCCGAAUAUUCCUUGUGCAUAUUGUUCAAUUCUUAUAUCGAACUCUUCUGUUUUCUCACUUCCCGUUCACAAUAAAAUAAAUAAUAGAAAUGUUAUUCGAGUUGCUGUUUGCAAUGGAUGUAAGAAUGAAAAAACAUGCUGCUAUCCUCCUGUAUUAGCUCACGUUCCCCCUCAAAUAAAUAAUGUUCCUAUGAUGUACAGAAAAUAUCUCUCUCCUGUUUUCAUGAAUUGCUUACUAGGUCGAACUGCAGGUGCAAAUCCUUACACCAAUUAUCGCCAUCUUGAAGGAACUAUCAAUCUAUCACAUAAUUACAGAACUUUUGAAUUAUAUUCCAGAUUAAUUGGAUGUUAUUUAAAUAUCAACGAACCACCAAAUUGGUUCCAUCAUUCUUUGAUUCCUGCUUUUGAAUAG